AUAUUUCUGUGGAUACGCUACUUGCAGUGUUACGGUUUAAAGUGUUCAACUAGGAACAAUGUCCGGAACUAUAGUUUUGUGUUGUUCUUUGUUUCCGAUCGGUCAUGAUUUUGAAAAGAACUUUAAUUAUGGCGACCUUCAUGGCACAGGCGUGAAAUGUCUCAUAAUUUCUCUUUACUUGUAUAAUUACAUUUAUUUGAGCACAUAUACACUUUAAUAGGUGUUAUGGGUGUAAUUAGACAUGUUGUGUGUGCUAUGUCUGGAGGGGUUGACAGUUCUGUCAGUGCAUUGUUACUCAAAAGAAUGGGCUAUCAUGUGACUGGUGUGUUCAUGAAGAACUGGGACUCUCAUGAUGAGAAAGGCGUCUGUUCAUCUGAGAGAGACUGUGAAGAUGCCUAUAAAGUGUGUAAGAUGCUGGAUAUGCCUUUCCACCAGGUCUCGUAUAUUAAAGAAUACUGGCAUGAAGUAUUUAGUAAUCUUCUCAGGGAAUAUGAGAAGGGCAGAACACCAAAUCCAGACAUAAUGUGUAACAAACACAUCAAGUUUAAGCACUUCUAUCAGUAUGCAGUUAAUACUUUAGGUGCUGAUGCCAUAGCAACGGGACACUAUGCCCGGACAUCCCAGGAGGAUGAGGAGGUUUUUCAACAGAAGCACGUUCCAGCUCCCAGAACCCUCUUCAGAGACCGCUUCGAAAUUAGAAAGCCUGUGCGGCUCUAUCAGGGAGCUGAUCGCGUGAAAGACCAGACGUUCUUUCUCAGUCAGAUCUCCCAGGAUGCUUUGCGGCACACACUGUUCCCCUUAGCUGGUCUAACCAAAGACUUUGUGAAGAAGAUCGCUGCUGAGGCCAGCUUCCAGCAUGUUCUUAAGAAAAAAGAGAGCAUGGGAAUCUGUUUCAUUGGAGAAAGAGAUUUUGAGACCUUUAUUCUUGAGUACUUGGAGCCCAAACCAGGAAACUUUGUUUCCAUUGAAGAUGGGAAGAUCAUGGGGCAGCAUAAAGGCUGGUUCACAUUAACACUGGGUCAGAGGGCGAGAAUAGGAGGGCAAGUAGACCCUUGGUUUGUAGUUGAUAAAGAUAUCACUACCGGUGAUGUAUUUGUGGGUCCAACCACUAACCACCCAGCACUGUUACGAGACACAUUACAGACAGACCGCUUCCAUUGGAUCGCCGAAGAGCCGCCCGUUGAACUUGUCCACACUCAGAUGAUGGAAUGUCACUUCCGUUUCCACAACCGGAUGCCUUUGACUCCAUGCACCGUAACUUUGAAUCUUGAUGGGUCGGUGUGGGUAAUGGUGAAAGAGCCAUUGAGAGCAAUGACACCUGGGCAGUUUGCUGUGCUGUAUAAGGGAGAUGAGUGUUUGGGCAGUGGGAAGAUCAUUCGUCUGGGACCCACAAAAUUCACUCUUCAGAAAGGUCAAAACUGCAUAAACUGCCAGCCUAAAGACACAAACCACCAACACCCAGAGCCCGUCAGCUGAGACACAGCAGGAAACCAGCACACCUCUCAUCUCUUGUGGACAAUAACAAGAUCUCAACAGGCUUGUGCUGUGGAAAGAUGCUCUCAGUAUUUACAGACUGGGCGAAAAUACAGAAACUUUGAUAGAAUUUUGAAUAUGUCAUUUUUAUUUCAA